AUGGUGUCCAAGAACAACGUCUUGCCCAACGUCCACCUCCACAAAUGGUGGCAAAGAUAUGUCAAGACCUGGUUCAACCAGCCAGGCCGGAAACAGAGCCGGAGGCUGCGUCGCCAAGAGAAGGCGGCCAAGCUCGGCGUGGUCCCUUCUGGUCUCCUCAGGCCCGUUGUCCGCCCUCCUACACAGAGAUACAACCUCAAAGUCCGUGCUGGAAGAGGCUUUACCCUUGAGGAGUUGAAGGCCGUCGGUUUGAGCCCCCGCGUCGCGCUGUCGAUCGGCGUCGCUGUGGACCAUCGCCGCCGCAACCGGUCGGCAGAGAGCCUGAACGCGAACGUGACUCGCCUGAAGGCGUACCUCGCGAAGCUCGUCCUCUUCCAGAGAGGCUCCAAGGCCAAGAAGGGUCUUGCUGGCAUCCCCGCGGACACGCCCAAGAGCCAGAUCCAAAACGUCAAGCACGUCAAGAUCAGCACUGCGAUGCCGAUCCCGAAGGCCAGCAAGCGUUGCAAGCCUAGAGCCAUCACGGCAGAGGAGCAGAAGUUCAUGGCGUACGCAACCCUGCGCAAGGCUCUGCGUGACUGCAAGAACGUCGGCAAGCACGAGAAGAAGUUGGCGGCUGAGAGGGAGGCGAACCAGAAGUAG